CACUGAAAAUUUAAAGUUUAAAAUAUACAUAUUCGUUUCAGUCUAAAGGAGUGCAGUAAUGCACACAUCAAUUUCUAUUCAGUUACAGUAGAAUAUUUUAUAUAUUUCAAUUGCCAUAUAAUCAGUUUUUUUGAUUUCUCAAACUAUAUGAUAAGUGGUAAUGUAUGAAACAUCAAAGAAUGCAAAGUUUGCAGUUACUUAUGCAGAAGGCUGUUACCUGAAGUAUCUGAUUUUAUCAUGUGCAACUGUUUUGAUGACAAUAAUUAUCACAAUGUGCUCAGCGACCAUACCAACUCUGCAAAAGGUGUACGGCACUCCAUUACUCCCAUUCAUAUUUUUUGUACUUGGCUUAACUCUCACUGGGGUGAUUCUGUUUGUUAAGAAAGUUCAUGAGCGCUCGUCAUUGUUUAUUGGACUGUUAAUACUUGCUGUUUUAUUGUUGUCUUGGGGAAUACCUGGUAUAACAGCAGCUGUCGGAUUGUGGAAUAUUUUAUCAUGGUUCCUGACAUUGGCUGUUUCUGUGGCUGCUCUAAUUUUGGGAUACAAAAAGGAAAAGCUGUCGAAGAAAGCAAGCAUUAUAUUUUUGAGUUUUGCAGGUGGAAUCGCGGGAGUAGGAUUCAUUGUGUUUAUUACUUUAAUAGCUACUAAGAAUCACAACAUCUCAGCCUAUCUAACUCCUUUAAUCUUUAUUUGCGCCCUAUUGACGGUGUUAUAUCUAACUGGGCAGGGUAUAAAACGUUGCAGUAGGCCUGAAACAAGCAGUCUUCUACCAAUUUGGUUAACCUUGAUUACUUGGACAGCGGUAGUAAUAAUUUAUAUACUGAUAUCUAUUAUGUUUCCGGAAAAUAAAAGAUACAAGACAGAGACUCAAAAGUUGUAUAUCAACCUUUUCGCAUGAAUAAUUUAACUUUCUCCACUUGCUUUUCGUAAUGUUAAC